GGCUUGGACAGCCGGUGUUGCUCAGCUCCAGCCCCAUACUGCCACAGGCUUCCCUCCUCCUCGUCAGGUUGCCUGGUGCUAUCUCCUGCGGGCAGCUGGCAUCCGCAGCGUGUGUCAGUGCAAUUUGGCACACAUUCAGUCUCACAACGUGCUGCCUGCAGAAAGCGCUGGCUCCCCAAAGGGAUCAGCUGUGGUUUCAUAUUUCAUUUCCCUAGCACGCUACACCCGAAUUCCAGACGCUUUCUGGCUUUGCUGCUGCAUAGGCUCAGAGCCCAAGUCCUUUGCUGUACCCAGUGGAGGCAGACGGGGCUUCCCUCAGCUCCAGAGAGUGGACCAUGAAGACGUCAAUUGUAUUUUUGCUUUGCAUCUCAGUUUUCCCAGGCUUUUCCCAGGGCAGAGUUGUUGGAGAGGAUGAAACUGGUUUUGCCGAGUGUAACAUGUUCUUCCCUGGACAAGUCCCACCCGAAGGAUUUACAGAGCCGUUCCACGUGAAAAUCUGUCAGCAGUACAACAAAGAGCCACGCUUUGCAACCCUCUACAGCACGAAAGACAAAAUUCCUCUUUAUUCAGCUUUUAAGUAUUCAAAGCCAGCCCAAGACAAGGAGGAGAACUGGCUGGUUGAACCACAGAUCGACGAUCCAGAAAAUGGCCUGCAUGAGAUGGUGCGUGAAGAUGACAUUAUUGGCACUGUGGCCAACCUUGGUGCAAAUCAAGCCCUGACCUCAGACUAUGUAGGCUCCGGUUAUGAGAGAGGGCUCCUCAAUCCCAGCUUGCUCAAUGAGGAGGAUUUCCAGAUGGCUACUUACACACUCACAAACGCCGUCCCUCUGAGCCCAUCUCUGAGCAAAAGCUGGCACAGAGACAUCGGGAGGGUAGUGGAGCAAGCCCUGAUCCCUCACUGCUCCAAGAAGGAUCAUCUCUAUCUCCUUGCAGGUGCAAUUCCUUCCAGUGUCCGCGUUAAAGGCAAGGUGUCAGUGCCAGAGACCCUCUGGCUGGCAGCCUGCUGCGAUGCUCCAGAGGGGUGGUCCCUAGGACUGGUGAAAAAAAUGAAUGAUGGAAACAGCUUGGAGGACCUCACUGUGGGAGAGCUGGAGAAGCAGCUUCUAGCAGGAGUUCACUUGUUCAGGGGCAACUGUGGGGAAGACAACGAAGGCCGGGAGAAAAUAGAAGCAAUACUGCAAGCUGUCAGUCAGAUCCGCUCUGGGGAGCAAGUAGCAAGUGACAACCAGGAGGCCAAAGACAGCAGCUUGGUGAGAAAAGUGGCUGCCAUCAUUGCUACCCCUUUCAUAAAACUUCUGGAACUCCUCAUCUACGUGUUUGUAGAGCUGGUGAAAUUUGUGUUUUAUUUUCUGUGGCUUGUUGUCAAGCGGAUUUGCGGUACAGUUCUGGAUGGAGUCUACAGCUUCUGUAAUGGAGUGGUGUCCUACCUUAAAGCCAUCAGCAUGGUGCUCAUCAGCAUCCCCUAUGAUGCCGGGAGGGUUGUCGUCAACAUCUUCCUGGGCUUCCUGCAAAUUGUUCAAGACGUGUUCUCCCUUACCUACAGGAUCCUGCUCAUCCCUGUGGGGUUUGUCCUUCACCUUGCUGCUUUCCCCUACCACUCCAUCUGUGCUAUUCCCUCUGUCCUCAAAGACAUGGCCUCUGGGAUCGGGGGCACCUUCUCGUUGGUCAUCGAUGCCACAGCCACCCUUCUGCAUGGCUUUUAUUACCUGGCUGGUCACAUAGUCAAACGGUUUGUCCCUAAAGUCUCCUCUGAUGACUGAUAGGAAUGGAAACCAAAGCUGCAAAGACACAGAGUGAAGGAGGAGUGGGACAAUGCUUUAAGAUAUGUGGCCAAAUGCUGUCAAUUUUGUUCUGGUAUUUAUUGUAAUGACAUUUAUAAUACUGAACUGAGUGGGGAGUAACAGGGAGGGCCAAGGUAAUGUCACUAGGAGAUGCCACCAUUGUAACUCGAGUUCUAUCUGUUGUAAAGUGUUUGGGUUUUACCAGUGCAGGCCACAAGGUUUCUGUGAUUUGCAGAUGUCAAGAUGCUUCCUCUGGGAGACAUGUACUAAAUGUGGUACAGGAUUAUUUCUUUCCGACUAAGACAACACUGAGAUCUGUGCACUGGCUCCGCAGAAGCCCAUCCCUUAUGGGGAGAAGGUGGUGGUUGGGGGAGGGUUUUACUUACAGGGGGUUUUCUGGGAAGGUCAAGAUGUGACACCUGGAGAAGGGAAAGGGAGGUGAGGGUGGAAGGGUUUGGGACUGGGAAACUGAGAGAAGUGGGGAAGAGAACAGGGGUGAGGUCCUGCUGUUGGUUGCACUGCUCACUGCACUGGGGUCCCACUGGUGGCGACCAGGCAGGGAUGUGGCCACGUGUAGUUCAUGGUCCUCAGGCCUGUCCAGGCAGCUGAAAUCCUGUGGAUCUUCCUGUGAGAAAAGACCACUGCCCAUUUUUUCACAAGGUGGGAAAAUGUUUUCCCUUAGCCAUACCAAGCUCAUCUUCCCCAACACUUCCUUAUUCUCUGGUGACCACUGAAUAUCUAAGCCCUGAAGCUUCAAGACAAGGCAUUCCAUGAAGGUGUAAUCCCUCGGAAGUCUAAACCCUGGAGCUCUUGUGCCUGCUCUGAAACCCAUCAGAGCUCCAGGACUAACGCUUUUGGCUUUGAAUCAGCUGCCACCUGCCCAGCUCCCUUGAGAACUAACAGGUCCCCCACCAUGCAGCGGUAUUUACAUGCCUGAGGUCUCUGCAAGCUGAUGCCUGGGCUGCGGAUGGGUAAUGCUGCAGCCACUCGUCGUUCUGAGGCUUGUAUUGAAAGCCCACCUCGCUGGGGAAAAAUUGAUUCUUCUGUAUUUCCUUCUAGGGCAAAAAAAAAGCAGCUCUGCUCUCCCUGCCUGGUCUGGGUCAGUGGCAGGGAUGUCCUCACAGGAAGGGGACAUGGGAGAGGAGACGUGUGGGGAGCACAGUGGAGAAUUUGGCUGUUGUUGUGGAAAACCAAAGGAAGGAAAAAGCAGUUGCAUUGCAUCUGUCUCCCAUGGGGAUUAUGGACUGUGAGGUGGGAGGAGAUGUGGGAAGGGGAUCUGGGGUGUAGUGCUUGUUUUGCUGUGUAAAUACCCACUUGGUAAACGCACGCACUAUCAGUCACAUUUCUGUGGGAGGGAACCCAUCCCCUCUUCUGCAUGGCUUGUCCUCUCUGCUGGCUAUUCUUCACCCCUUUUCCCUUGCUUGUCUUAGCCAGGAACCCUCUCCAUCUGGAGCUUUGCAGGGGACCAUCAGGAGUUUGCAGCUGGGCAAGGGGUGCAGAGACACCCGCUGCUGCCAGAGGAGGACACAGAGGCACUUCCCUUCCUCACAGAAAGGGCGAUGGUCUGCUGCUGCAGCUCUGCCUGCAGGAGGGAGGCUUUCCAUCUCACCAGUGUUUGCUUUGGCUGGACUCCCAGAAGCAUUUAGGAGUCUUACGUGCACACAUCCUUCACUCCUACUUCUGUCUCUUCGUCUAACACUGGUUUGGCUGUGGACCCCUGAUCUGCUGUAGGAUCUCGUAAGGAAUCCUGGUGUGUGCAAGCUGGUGCUGCUGUCCCUGUGGGGGAUCCAACAGUGCUGUGUUGCUGGUGGCCAGUCUUGGAUUGAAGAAAGACCAAUUACUCAAUGCAGCAGCUUUGCUUCUUUGCCUCAUGCUACCUGUGAGCUGGGCUGGAGUGGGAUGGAUUCAGGGGUGUAAAGGAGAUUUGGCUGGUUCAUGGUGGCGACAGAAGGUUUUUUUCCCUUAGCUCAGGGGCUGCAUUUAAUGCAAAGAGCUGUGUGUGUGCACAUCCCAAACCAGCACACCCUGACCAGGUGGCAACGCAUUCAGCAAUGAUGCUGAUGGCACCAUUGGGGAUGCCAACAGUGGGGAUGAAGUGGAGAAGUGGUGGGCUGAGCAGGGACAGAGGACAACUCCUUGUCUCACCCUUUGUGAGCCACACCUGGUUUGUGGAGAAAUCAGUCAGCAGCACUGGCUUUGUUCAAAAGGAAAGACAGCUUUUAUGAGCUUUUAUGAGCUAACUGGGUGAAGUCAGCACCUUUGCCAUGGAGCUGCUGGGAUGGGGAUUUUGGGUGCAAGGGGCAAGGCCCAGGGUCGCGGCUCCCAGCAGGCAGACAGCAGCCCGCAGAUCCUCUCCAAACUAAACUUUGCACCUUUUCCUACUCAAACAUGCCUCUCCUGCUGUGCAGACGAUUAUGGAGCUGGCCUCCCACUUCUUCAUGGUUUCCUGCCCCAGUGCUGGUGCUCCUCUCAGGAUAUGUGCCCGCCGUCGAGGAGAGCAGCCAGCUCAGGUCCCAGGAGCUGCUAAGGUGCAGUGACACCAGGGUCCCCAGCAGCCUCUGAAGGCACAUGUGGCUGCCACAGCUUGUAAGUGCAGCCCAAGCACUGGGAGAAGGCAGCUGCCUCCCUACAGCUGACUGUCUUAUGCCUUCUGUGACCUGUCUUAGCCAUACAGCUGCCAGUGACGCACUUCUUGGGGGUCCUGCACCCAGAUCAGCUUCCUAGCACCUUAACCCAGCAUCUCCCACAUCCCAGCUCCACCAGCAUCUCCAAUGGACCCCUCGGUCCCAGUGAUGUGGGAGCUUGUGCUGAGAGACACCUUGGGAAGUCUGUGUUGCCACAUAUCCAUCACCAUUGCUAUCCAGCCUGGCUCAGGGCAGCAGGUCUCAAUGCUGCAACUGUGUCUUCUGACCACAGGUGGACAGUCCUUGAAGCCUAAAGGGCUGCAGUAAUGUAGGAUUUGGGCUGAUGUGGAACACUAUUGUUAAAAAAUUGUCUUAACAUGCUCAGAUUUCAAAUGCUAAAUACCGCAACCAGCGUGGGGCAUUUUUCUUCUGCACUGCAUGUCUGAGCAGGUAAUGGGAAAUCUGCCUCAAACACUGAGCAAUUAUCACAGAACAAGCAACAUCCUGCCACAAACUAACUAUUGUUCGAGAUUAUUCUUCUCUGGGCAUGAUUUAUGGCUUGCGAGCUUUACUCUAUCCUUGGAAAUGUAUGGCUUCAACAAAAUAAAAAUUACUUUUCCAAAGAAGGGCUGAUAUCACCUUUCUGUCAGAGCUGCAAAUGAGAUAAUGGAAUCUGAGGUGCCCUGACUAAUCAAGAAAGCACCAGCAGCACAGUUGUUCUUUGUUAAGGCUUGACAUCUGAUAUUAAUGGCCCUUUUGUGCUUCUAAAACACCGUUCCUAUUUCACAGCACAUUUAAAAGAGUCAAUUAAUUAAGCUCCAGCAUACUUAGGUAAAAGCUGGGGGGCUGCAGGCAGUGAAUUUAGGUCUAUUUUUACACAAAGAGAGGGAGGGGGAAUGUUUUGUCUUUCUGAGAUGCGGUUGCAGCUGCGGUGCAGCACAGUGGCUGGUUUGGAUACAGAAAAAUCAUAUCAUAGCAGGAUGAUUCUUUGCAGCUAAUGGAGAGCAACUCCCUCUCGUGUGAUGCUGUUCUCUUGACUCGUUUUAUCAUGUCUUCUUUAGCAGGCAUACAAGCUCUCUCUAAAUGUGGAUAUUCUCCUCCACUGACAGUAUAGAGAUUCUGAGAUGAGUAAACCAGAUGUUGGCACCUAUGUUUUGCAAGUACCUCUCUUGGGCAGAUGAACUCCUCCAGCGGAGUUUGCAUUCCUAUCAGGUCUGCAGGAACUGGUGAGGCACUGGCACAGGUUGCCCAGAGAAGUUGUGGAUGCCCCAUCCCUGGUGUUGUUCAAGGCCAAUCUGGAUGGGGCUUUGAGCAACCUGAUCAAGUGGAAGACGUCCCUGCCUCAUUGAGAUCACCCAAUUCUUCGACACAGGGGUCUCUGCAUAUUGAGAUGAUCCUUCUCUCUCUUACAUCCACCCUGGGGCUGGACACCAAUAAUGGCAGGGGAACUCAGCAACCCUGGCAGCACGGCCCCUCAGUCACAGCCCUGGGCUUGGGUCCUCUGGGUCACACCUCUGCUGCCAUUGCAUGUUUCAGAGCUGCUCACCUCUGCAUGGAGUUCCAUCACUGCCUUGGUACCUCCUUCCAGCCAGGGAGCUGCUCCACUUCAUCAAGGAGCUGAGCCCUGCUUGUUCACAGGUUCUCUCUCAAGUGUAGUCAGUGCCAUAAAAUGGAAAAGAUAUUGGAAAAUAAAUACCAGCGUAACUAGUUUGGCCGGGAAGGAUUGCCCAGGAGCAAGGAACAAUGAGGUGUGUCUGGGGUGUGUGAUAGCAAGGUUAUGAUCCUACGACUGCAGCACAGGAUGAUAUCUAUUUGCUGCACAGCCUCCCAGGCUGCUGCAUUUACUUCGAUUUGGGAAUGGAUCUCACACCGAGUCACAUCUGCCAUUGAUUUCCACAGAACUGGUGUUUCCAGCCAAGCAGAAAGGCCUACAGACUUCCCAGCAGUGUUAGAGUUACAGCUGGUUGGAAAAUCUCCAAGGAAAUAUAUCGUGUCAGAAUGGGGUGAUUUAUCAAAGGGGGGUUUGUUCAUGGCAAUUUGCCAUUUGUAGUGGAAAAGAUUUCUCAGGUCCAGGCUGGGACAAGGAACAGAACCAUCCAAGAGCACCCCAAGGUCUGGAUCAGAGGUCUAGAUGCAGACAUUCAGCAUCUGCUCUGGCCUAAACCCAGACCUGACACUUGAAUGUGGCACUUUCCACCUAGAGGAGUGCCCUUGCGGCCAUGGCUCAUCUUAGCUUAUGUCUUAUUUUCUCCCAUUUGCAAGGAUGAAACCAUUUUCCUGGGAGGUAGAAGCCAUUUCCCACUGACCCAGCAGCAAAGUUGCCUGCAAAGCUGAAGCAGUGGCUUCAAAUUCCACUGCAGUAUCAUCUUUGUUGAUAACUUGAUGUUUUAAAUUCAUUUAACAUGGAGGAGAAUGAACAUUUGGAGGAGAGAUUACUGUGUGUUUACUGCUGUGGUGUUGCAGGUUUUGCCAAACCUCCCAGUGUCUGCUGGUAGCACAUGGUUAUGGACAAAAGCCAGGAACUGCAGCAGGCAGGCAGGGCAAUGCUAGUGGGCAGAGGAAGAGCCAUGGGAGCUCCUUGCUGGUGGAAGAAGAGGAGCAGAUGGAUAGGACGUUUCGAACCAGGUGGCGAGUAACCAUUAUAGAGAGUGAACAGUAAUGUCUGAGAAGGUCUCUGCUUUGUCCUGACAGCUAGAAGCUUCUGAGAUGAGUGGAGCAGCUAUAGACAGAUGCUACAAUAGGCUCAGGGAGACAUCACUACCUGGAUUUAUGCCACCCAAGCAUGGGCAUUUAAAAUAUCUUCUCUGCAGGCCCUAGAUUUCCUCCCUUCAGUAUAGAUAUCUCACUUGGCUUUCUCUGGAGCACCUCAGUUGGAUGCCUAAAGCUGGGGCCAAUGAAGCUUGGCUGGGAUAGGUGGCUGAUGGGGCUUGUCAUGCUCAUGGAGACCUUUAAGGUUUCAUUGUUGUGGGUUACCCAGAGAACGGUACAGGAGGGAUGGUCUUUCCCACAGUCUCUUGAAGGCUCUUGGCUCACUAUGUCCUUCCAUGCAGGUAGGAAUGAUACCAGGGGCUGAAGAGAAGUCUCCAAGGAGAUCUUAUAGCAACCUUCCAGUACCUGUAAAGGGGCUACAAGAAAGCCGGAAAAGGACUACUUCUAAAGGCUUGUGGUGAUAGGACAAGGGAGAACGGGUAUAAACUGGAAAGGGGCAGAUUUAGGCUUGAUAUAAGGAAGAAUUUCUUCACCACGAGAGUGAAGAAGUGUAAGAGGUAAGACACUGGCACAGGUUGCCCAGGGAAGUUGUGGCUGCCCCAUCCCUGGAGGUGUUCAAGGCCAGGUUGGAUGGGGCCUUGGGCAGCCUGAUCCAGUGGGAUGUCCCUGCCCAUGGCAGGGGGGUUGGAACUAGAUGACCUUUAAGGUCCCUUCCAACCCAAACUCUGCUAUGAUUCUAUGGUUCUAUGCCUCGGAAGUGCUGCUGGAAACAACCCCCAGUGCUUGCAGCCGUGUUCAGGCAACGGUGGGAUAUCCGUGUGGUACCGCUACAACAGGUGGGAUUAACCAUCAUGUGCACCUCAAACCCUACAAGAUGGUCUGACCUGUGUGCAACGAUCCCAUCCCCCAAAUAACUUAGGCCACAUUUUUUUGAGUUCAUGGAAAACAUGCAUAUUUGUGAGGUGGCUGAGUGCAUCCUUCACUCUCAGGCAUGUGUGGGAUGUAACUGUCCACCUUCGCCCUCUAGCGGACAGCCUGCGCUUGAGAAAACACUGCACUCUGCAAAACGGAGAUGAGUUAUUUCACACACAGAAAAAAGGGUUGCCUUCUCAAGGGUCUGCGAGGCCAUGGAGCCCACUAGCUGCAGAAGAUAUUUGAAUGGUGACAAUUAGUGUCCUGGUGUCAGAGAGGUGUCAAUGAUCUCCGAGGUUCAUUAUCCUACCAGUGAAAAGCUAAGGAAAAAGGGUGAUGGCUCAGAUGACGGAUGUCAUCAAGGGCUAAGUAAUAGGCACUCACCCUCCAAUGAUGAAGCUCUCCCGAGCCCAGGUGGGGAGGUUAGGUGAACUGGGAUGUAUCUGGGAACCAGGUCUUUUAUUUCUCUCAGGGCUGUAUUCCAAGUCUCACUCUCUCUGUCACCCAUUCCCGCAAUGCCAGCACUGCUGGGGCUCCCAGGGACACAGCGCUGAGGUUCUGGACCCCUGGAGCGAUGGGGAUUUGCACUUCAGUCUGCUAAUUAGAGCUGUAGGGGUGCCUGCAGCCGAGCUUCUGCUGUUCCUGUUUACUGCAAAAAUGGCAUUUUUCUUGCUUUGUUUUUCUUUUUCAGCAGGAAUAUUGAAAGAAGAAGACCCCCAGAGACAGAUUAAAUCUAAUAAAAAAAUGUUUCGAGAUGAUCAUUUCCGUAUCACUGUGCUGUAUUGUAGAUGUGAGCUGGAGCUCAAUCUUCCGUGAGCUGAACGUUGCAACCCAACGGGUGUCUCCUGAUGUGAGGGGUGGAGACAGAUCAGAAUCCCCCAGGAGAGAAUUCAGGACAGCUGACACCCCCUGGUGGAGCCUCUCUCUUUCAACGCUGGUUGCAGAGGAAGCCGAGAGCGAUGAGCUAUGUAUGUAAUUCAUUAAGACAAAUGAAGUCUGUAUUCAGGAAGCAUCAUCUCCCCAGCCCAGCUUUUUCUCCUCCUGGAACUUUCAGUGCAUCACAAGAAGUCACCAGCCCAUGAGGACAAUGUAGGAGAAGUGAUCUGUGCUGAAGUUAAACCUUCUGUAGGGAACUCAUUCAUAGAACCAUAGAAUCAUUAGGUUGGAAAAGACCUUUGGGAACAUCAGCUCCAACUGUACCU